AUGACCUCUAUAAACCAUGACUAUAACUUGUGCCCUGUCACCCUUCUCUUCCCCUCUUCCACCUCUUGCCACUGCGCUGACCAUGUGCCGCCUAGGGAGCUUGGCAAGGAAUUUGGUAAAAUUUUGAACCUUAAAAAUACCUUAAAAAACAAUCCUACUAACAUCCUUACUAACCUCUGUACUGGCCUCGAAAAAUUUCUCGGCUUCAACUCUGACUCCAAAGGCUACGACGGCACUGGGAUUGUGUACUCUGACCUGGAUAGGCUGUGUGAUGCGGUGAUGGGAUUUUUGAGUGGUGUUCUCAGUAACAUCAAAGACCAUUUAGGGCAGCAUAAAGAUGAAAUUGACAUUGCAAUUGACACUCUUAACACCAAUAAACACGCCGGUAAAAAAGGUUUUAAUGUUGCGAUUGGAAGUGUGGUUGAAGGGGUGCGGGGGUAUAAUGAGAAGGUGAUGAUUUCUCAUAAUAAAUUAAGUAGUCUUAUAAAUCGCCUAAUUGGGCAGAUGGAACUGCUCAAUGAUGAAGUGCAAAAAUUGACCACUGAUGCCGAUCUUGAAAUCAUUAAUCAAAAAAUUAUCGAAUGUCUGCAACAGGUUAAGUACUAUGAAGCAGAUAUGGAGCGUGCGGAGAAAGAUGUGGAGGAUUUAGAAGACCACUUCGAGUGUAGAGUACGAUACUUCAAUAGGCUUAUUAGUUGUCAAGCGGAUAGGCUUAUGGAUAUUUGGCGUAAGCAACAAGAUGAUCUGCAGCAGGUGGAGGCUGUUGUAGUUAGGCAGCUCGACAUAACUAGAAGGGAGAUAUAUAAUGCAUGUGCGCAUAAAACCAGGGAAUCUAUACAAAAACUAAGCGCACAUAUUUAUAAACUCAGGGCAGUAAUUGAAAACGUUAAUACCACGUUGUCACAGGAUCUUAAUGACCUGCAACAGUGGAUCACGAAAGCGGAUGAGGUUGUUGAUUUGGCGUUGGCUAAGGUAACGGACAUCGUCAGUGAAGCUACCGGUGCUCAUGGAAAACAGCAUAAACAAAAUCUAAUAGACGCUGUACACAAUUUGAAGCAAAAAGGUUUGGAUUGGUGCGACGCGUAUGAAAGUGCAAAAAGAUCGCUUGUCGCAUUGGUAAAAAAUGCUAGAGAUGCGGUUGGAAAAUUGGACGAAAUAAUCAUGGAAGAUUUAGGAAAGCUGGAGCAGAAAAUGAAAAGUGCGAUAACUGAAUACAUCCAAAAGGCACAAAAACGUUUCAAUGAGAUUAAGGAAAAAACGCUUGGUAUAGACGGCAAAUCAACAAAAGGUGGCGUAUAUCGUUAUUGGAGUGAUUUAAAAGCAGAGGUUAGCGCUCUUAUUGGAAAGAUUAAUCGCGGUGAGAAUGGAAGUAUGAGUCCACAUUAUGAAGGUCUGGAAGGAACUAAGGAAAGAAUACGAGAGUAUGCAAAGGAGUUCACGAAUUUCGACCAAAAGGUAGAAGCUUGGAUCAGAGAAAUUCUCCAGCAUAAUGGAGGAGUGAAGAAGUGGCUUGAGGCGUACGUGGAGAAUAACACUGGCGGUGGGAAGGAUUAUUUUAAUUCGACAUUUUUGAACCCUCAUAGCAACAAAAUGAAAGAUGGACAAACCGACACGAUUGCGACAAAAAUUAGAACGAAAUUAGAUAUCAGCGUUGAAGACCCUAUAAUUCCGGUCGGAAAUGAUAGCAGCGUUGAAGCAAACAUCGACGCAGUUAGACAACGCAUCAACACUUUCGUUGCCGCACUGGAGAGAAAAAUUGAGGGUGGGAAAAUCACAGCGUCCGGUGAUACAGCUACGCUCGUCACUACUAUAGUUGAGGCCAUUGAGCAAGACGCGUUGAAGGACAAAAAAGUCACACUGGACAAAAAAGGUUAUAACGACUAUUUCCUUGAGCGUGCAGUUAAAACCACACUUGCAGCGUUGUACUCGGCAAUUCGGCGUGUUAACGAGGAGCUAAAAUCUUUCACCACUACAAUAAACAUAAGAGGAGUCGGGCAAUACAAUUUAGGGAAGAACCUAGAUAACGUCAUCGAUGGGGUGAAGAAAAUUAGACAUAAAUUUAGUUUUCCAUCCGAUAGUGGCAGGAAUAUCACGAACACAUUGGAGGCCCUCAAGUGCGACAUUGAUCAGCUUAACCAAAUCCUUCAAACGAAAAACAUUGAAGAUGAAAUUGAAAUAGAAAUGACUGAUUAUGUCAGCGGCAAUAGGCAGCAGCUGAGGAAUAGAAUGCCGAAAUACCAUAUCCAUACAACGAAUAAUGAGCGGAAUAAUACCCUAGCAAAUGCAAUUAGAAACAUAUCUGAGAAGGUGCUGGAUGCGUUUAAUGACACUGCAGCGGUGGCAAAUAAUGGUAACAUACACAAGGCUGCUUCAGAUGUGAUUCACAACAAACUUCCUGCGCUGUGUGAUGCAAUUAUAAAAGAGGCACAAGGCGACGGCUCCAGCCUUAAAGCCAGAUUGGACGAAUUGAAGAGGGUGUUGAUUGGGCGAGAAAAUAAUGGAAAACUUAAACAGAUACUAGGGAAACUAAAGGUACUGCAAGAGAACAGAUUAAGCGCAAUUAUUGAACAGGCCCAAAAUAUCCUAAUACAUGCUUCUGCCGAAUGCGAGCAGAGCGUUGAACAACUACAACUAUACAUCCAGCGACACAUAAAUGGCUUCCAAACUGCCAUCACUCGCGAUCUCAAAACAAGAUACGUUGGAUUCAUAAGAGCACAGGCGCAGGCAUUCGUCAUGAGAGUGAACGUGGAACAUCAUGAACUUCCAAAGGAGAUCAUGAAAGACGCCGAUAAGAGGUACAAGGGUUUUAUGAGACUGCUACGUGAAAAUGUGAACCAAUAUAUUGACGUUUCGUCGACCGAAGAUUUCACAUUGAAAACAUUCGCCCUUUACGCUCAAACGUCUUUCCUUGGUCUAUUAGACUCUGUCAACAACGACAAAAACAUAUUGCCCAAACCUACUAAAAUCACUGAGCUCCGUGACGCUAUUAAUAAUUUGUUUACCUCCCUAUCCACCUUCAACCGCCCCUUCGUUCGCAACCUCUCCGCCCUUUCCUCCCUCCUCGCAACCAUCCGCCCCGCAUCCUACUCCGACGCUAGCAACCCCCUGCUCGACUGUCUUAAAAAGGGCGUGCAGGGGAUGUGCGAGGAGCUAGCGAAGGCGUACGUUAAUAGCUAUGAUGAUGGACAACAAAUACGAUGGCAGUCCUUUGACGAACAAACUGAACAAAAGUUGUCUAAGAUAUGUCUCACAGUAUUGCCGAUGCUUCAUACUGCGCUCAGUGUAUUGAGAAAGCAUUGUAACAGCAAAUGCAAAUGGCAUCAAAUUAACAAAGAAACGGAUCUCGGUACUUUUUUAUCUCUUAAAGGCUUCGUAGUAUCGGACAGAGGAAACCAGAACGGUGAGUUGCAGGAUAGAAAGACCAUGCAGGGUCAACAUCUUCAUGCUCGCCUCGUUAGUUCCGGUGAUUAUGGGCACAUUUACCACAACGAUAAGGAUACUAAAUAUCCACUUGAACUGCUCAACGAGUAUCUGACGAAUUAUUACCAAGUGUCUCACAUACCCGCUUUCUCCUCCAAGAAACUACCGUGUUCCGUAUAUGAAAUGCUGCUUUGGCUGUCCGGCUUACAGUGCAACUCCGUAUAUGAUGACUUGUUAGACGUCGCUGUGAGUGAUUUAUUUGUUGAUCCAAAUAAGCAGGCGACAGGCGACGAUGAAAUCUCGGUAUCGGUAAUCGGACCGGAACCUGUAGUGGCUCACCCAGACAACCUAACAUAUGUUAAUACACGAAAAGCGGUAACGCACAUAUGCUCAACUUCAUAUGACGUUCUAUGCACGAUUGCGGGAACAGGUGACGCAUACACUGUCUACGCUGUCGAUUACUGCGGUAACUACCUUAAUCUAUCGUAUCCUGCAGAUCCAUCGCAAUGUUUAGAUAUGCUUCUCGACAUUCUUCGUAGAUUAUUCCCGCAGCUACGAUACUUGCAAAACCAAUGUAUGUUAACAAGUGAACAUUACGGUUGGCGUGACUGUGAGUACGGCCGAGAUGUCCCCUCCGCCAAGUUACCAUGUAAGCAGCAUCCAAGUAACGAACCAACGAGUCAACCAAACACCCAACCAACGUGCCAAGCAAAUAGUCAACCAAAACGCAAACCAAAUUGUCAACCAACGUCGCCACUUAUGUCGUACCUAAACGAUUGCCUUCCUGGCCAUCUACCUCAUCAGCUUAGCAAAAUUGGUUGCAAGUACGAGUGUUUGACGUGUCCUUCAACAUCCAAGAAAGGUGCGCCUUGCCUAACCCCGCUUGGCUUUAGAUGCUUUUCAGGGAGUACAACAACAGGUGAGAGAAUAUGUGACAUCCUGGGAACAUUCUUCUCUAACAUUUCUUCGUCAUCGUUAUUCUGUCUUCUCACACAACCACCGGCAACCUUACCAGAGCAUUUUAGCUUCACGUUGUCUUUCAUUAAGUGCCUUGAAGUCUCGGAAAAGACAUCAAGUGGAGAUGACACCACACUAAAAGAUGCAUUUAGGACAGCUGUAGGUGAGCAGUCAAUUGAGUUGUAUACUGACUCCACCGAUCUUACACAUGCUCUGACUAACGCGUACGGUUCAACAUCUCCCUACCAUGGUAAAUGCGAGCAUUCCCACCUUCGAAAUCUUACAACAUCUCGUAGCUGUAAAGAAAAACAGAAUCCGGCAAUUGAGUGCGCUCCGUAUCUAUCAACUCUGUGCCACGAUGCUUAUUACUACCUUGCCGUGAAGCACUCAAACCUCUACCUUUCAUGGUCACUGUACUUACCAUGGAAUUUCUGGAAGUUACUGAACAACCUGUACGAUGAAUUUUGCAAUAUCUUCUGUCAAGAUUGGGGUUGCCGUAACUGCCUUCAAAACGGCAAGUGCAGACGUGGGCAACAUGGCUUCGUUCAGCAAGUGGUAGGACAACCUAACAAACCGCAUUGUCAAUGCAGUUCAAUAGUCGAAUGCAAAGGUGUGCCACCACUGCUGUUCAAAUAUGGGUUGACAUUCCGAGAUGUCAAGCAUCUAAACCACAAAACGUACCCUAAUACGUGCACGGAUUUCUGCAGUCAAUUAAAAUAUGUCUUGGAGUCUAAUUAUUUUACCAAAUUAUUUGAAGAGUGCGACAACUUCCUCUGGAAAAUCCGUGAACCCUUCUCCUACCUUGUCCUCGCCCUCUGGCUCCUCUCUUUGUUGUACCUGCUCCACAUCAUGGUCAUCCGCCUCGACCUGCUCCACAUCAAAUCGCAUCUACACUCACCCUCAUCACAUCGCAUCGCUGCUCAAUCGCUGUUGGCUGCUGCACGCGUUAACAAGCUUAACAGGGUGUUUUACCUGCAGCCUUAA